CAGAGCCGGAACCGGAGUCGGAGCUAGAGCCGGAACCAAAAUCGGCCGAGCCGACACAGAGUCCUGCGAGACCAGAGCCAGUGCCGGAGCCAACGUCGGCCAGACCGACAUGGAGUGAAGCCGACGGACAGCUGGACAGGUCCCUGGAGGUCCUGGACAGGUCCCUGGAGACGGAGGCCGAGACAUCACAUGCUGAGGGCCGGAAGUCACAGCACGGUGACCAGCUGCGGAGCGCGGGCGCUUCUGUGGAGCUGGAGCCGCUCGCCAAGGAGGAGACGCCCGGAAGAAAAGGUGCAGUGGCAGAACCCGAGCGUGCGAGCACGGGGACGUCUCCGGUGGAGCUCAACCUGGACGAGGUGUACCAGAGGGGCGUCAAGGCUCAGCUCACGCAGAGCCUCGUGCUCGCCCGGUCCGUGGAGAACACCAUGCACGAGGUGUUCCUGCGGCCCCGUGAGGUGGAGUACCGGCUCGGGCAGCACAGGGUCACCACCUUCAUCGCCGAUCUGACGGUCAGCGGAAUGGACGUCCUGAAAGUUAUAGAAUCAAGCAUGGACAUGGAGGACAUGGUGAUGAACGUUACAAUAGAUUUUCCCGAGAUCAGGCUGUCGGGCAACUUCAACGCCUCCGGCUCCAUAUCCGGACUUCAGAAGGAGAGGCUGGUGUACCUCAGGACGUCGUUCCCCAGCUACGGCUUCGGCGACAUCGAAGCCGUGAUCGCCAAUACCACAGCGGUUGCCCGAGCUGAGCUGGGGCACUCCGUCAAUGACCGGAAGCUUGCUGUCGAGCUGCUGAUCUGCGACGUGGCCUUCGGUGACCCAGAGGUCAGGCUGUCCAGCGUCAAAAUACCGCGGGCAUUGGAGAAACUCGACUUCGUUCGACUAUUCGGAGAGGCCGUGCGCAAGAUGAUACUGCACCAGAUGACUGCUGAAAUCGAGCCGUCCGUAGAGGCCUCUCUGCACGAGGCAAUCACGAAAGAGCUGGACCGAGUCACGCUGGACAGGGAAGCUAUCGAGGACCACUGGCGCCAGGCGAACAGCGACAGAAUCUAGCCCGAGUCAGCUGACCGCUUCACACCACGACUUCUCGCAACGAGACGGCCAUACCCUCGGACUUUGGCAAUGAACAGACCGAGCUGGAUAUUGGGCCUUGGUUUACGUGGAUCAAAUGGGCGGCCUUGUUGUCCUGAUUGUUGGCAAAUAGAGCCUAGCAGCGAAAUGUCAAAACA